AAUCAUGUGAUUUUUAGGACUCUGCUCUCCAUAACCCUCUUUGCUCUGCUCCCCGCCACCCUCGCUUCCUCCCGGACUUCCUUCCCAGCAGCCGUGCAAGCACAGGGCUUGGGAAGAGAUGGCAGAGGUGAAGAGAGAGAUUUUCGGGCACAUGCCCCUGGAGGACGGAGGAGGGGAGGUGGAGAAAUUUGUGCUGCAGUCAGACAGCGUCAGAGUGGAAAUCCUGUCCCUCGGGUGCAUAAUCGCCGCACUGGAGACAAGAGACAGGGCCAAGCAGUUUGCGGACAUUGUCCUGGGCUUUGACAUGCUAGAAGGUUACACAAGGAAGCACCCCUUCUUUGGAGCUGUGGUAGGCCGUGUUGCCAACAGGAUUGCCAAAGGGAAGUUCACCAUGGAUGGAAAAGAGUAUCAGCUAUUCCUUAAUAACGGGCCCAACUCACUGCACGGAGGAGCCAGGGGCUUCGACAAGGUUCUCUGGAGCCCCCAAGUGCUCCCAAAUGGCGUCUGCUUCUACCGGCUCAGCCCUGAUGGUGAGGAGGGCUACCCUGGUGAGCUGAAGGUCUGGGUCACCUACACGCUCAAUGGCAGUGAGCUGGCUAUCAACUAUCGAGCCCAGACCAGCAAGAAGACGCCCAUCAGCCUGACAAACCACGCAUACUUCAACCUGGCAGGGCAUGGCUCACCUGACAUCUAUGACCAUGAGAUUUCCAUUGAAGCUGAUUCCUACCUGCCUGUGGAUGACACCAAGAUACCAACUGGGGAAGUGGCUGCUGUGCAGGGCACUGGCUUCGACCUCCGUCAGCCGGUGCAGCUGGGGAAGCACCUGAAGCAGUUCCAGCUGGACGGCUUCGAUCACAACUUCUGCCUGCCGCUGGGGGGGGCUCGGCGCCUCGUGGCCAGGGCUCACCACCCGCCCAGCGGCAGGACCAUGGAGGUUCACACCACCCAGCCUGGCCUCCAGUUCUACACUGGGAACAACCUGGAUGGCUCCCUGAAGGGCAAAGGCGCUGCCAUCUACCCCAAGCACUCAGCUUUCUGCCUGGAAACCCAGAACUGGCCUGACGCUGUCAACAAGCCUCACUUCCCCAGCCCCCUGCUCCUGCCCGAGGAGGAAUACAACCACACCACUUGGCUCUGCUUUGGCACUGCCUGAGAAGAGAGGCCAGCUCCUGCUGCAGGAAGGGGGCUUGCGCUUCUUUGAGGGCUUCCUGAUGGUGAACGACUGAAAGGAAAAGAACCUGCAGUUACCAUUUCAGUAGCGGGCUGGGAUUCGCAAACAUGGCAAAAAGACCAGGACGCCUGGACUACUCCAGAACCCUUCAGGCACUGUGUGUUUUGUCUUUUUUUUUCCCUAAUUAAAAUAACCAAUUACUACUGACAAAAUAA